AUGGGUAUUUUUAGUCAGUUGACAUCUGUGCUUGGACUGGGCAAAAAACAAGUGAAUAUUUUAGUGGUUGGACUUGAUAAUAGUGGGAAGUCAACAAUUUUGAAUUAUAUGAAACCAAGCGAAGUUCAGUCCACUCAUCUGGUUCCUACUGUCGGAUUUAACAUAGAUAAAUUCACAAGCAAUAGAUUAAAUUUUGUAGCUUUCGAUAUGUCAGGUCAAGGCCGCUAUAGAAAUUUAUGGGAGACAUAUUACAAGGAAACUGAAGCAAUUGUAUUUGUUGUUGAUAGCAGUGAUCACUUAAGAAUAGCUGUUGCUAGAGAUGAACUCUGGUUAAUGUUGGAUCAUAAAGAUCUUGCUACAAAGCAGAUUCCCUUGUUAAUCUUCGCCAAUAAAAUGGAUGAAAAAGGCUCACUGGUAGCUUCAGAAGUGAGUCGAUAUAUGGGUCUUGAUUUGAUUCGGAAUCGAAACUGGUACAUUUGUGCUUCCUGUGCUAUUACUGGAGAGGGUUUGCCUCAGGGUUUCGAAUGGCUUGCGCAAAAUGUUCGAAAUGAAUGUAAAAAGCAAAAUUUCUAA